AUGAAAGAUCAAGCGAAAGGGAAAGGGUCAAUGGAACCUCAAGACUCAGCUACUGAAUUAACAACGCUUAUUGUAGAAGAUGAUAAGCUUGUUAGAAUGAUUCAUCAAGGUCUACUGAAAAGAGCUGGUGUGAAAAGUGAAGCAGUAAAGAAUGGUAAAGAAGCCAUAGAUAUUCAUUGUAGUGGUCAAAGUUUUGACAUUAUUUUCAUGGAUAAAGAUAUGCCUAUCAUGAAUGGGAUUGAGGCAACCAAGAAGCUCCGAUCAAUGGGUAUUGAAAGCAUGAUUGUUGGUGUGUCAUCAUGCAAUAGAGAAGCAGACAAACAAGAAUUUAUUGAGGCAGGGCUAAAUGACUAUCAAGUGAAACCAUUGAACCCUGAUGUGCUUAGGUCGAUUCUUGAUGUUGUAAAAGCUAGCAAGUAG